ACCGCACCACCGGCCGUCCCUCUUUCAGCCGACUGAUCCCUUUCAUUUGAUCGCACGACUCCUUUCACGAGCUGGUGAUGGCGGUGAGGUCGAAGCAGGCCUAUGCCCGCGUGGUGCUCGUGGCGCUCUGCAUUGCCGCGAGGACGGCGGCGGCCUGGGGGAGAAUCGACGACCGCCUGGAGGUGCACUGGGGCCGUGGCGGCCACGGGACGGUCUCGGGCGACGGCCAGGUCUUGUCGCUGGCGCUCGACCGCAACUCCGGCUCCGGCUUCCGGUCCAAGGACACGUACCUCUACGCGCGCGCCGACCUGCAGAUCAAGCUCGCCCCCGGCAACUCCGCCGGCACGGUCACCACAUGCUACCUCCUGUCAGAGGGGUCAUGGUCGAACCACGACGAGAUCGACCUGGAGUUCCUGGGCAACUCCACCGGCGAGCCCUACACGCUCCAUACCAACGUCUACAUCAACGGCACCGGCAGCAAGGAGCAGCAGUUCCACCUCUGGUUCGACCCCGCCGCCGACUUCCACACCUACUCCAUCGUCUGGACUCCCCUGCACAUCCUUGUGCUGGUGGACGGCACGCCGGUCCGGGAGCUGAAGAACCACGCGGACAGGGGCGUGGCGUACCCGUCGUGGCAGCGGAUGCGGCUGUACGGGAGCCUGUGGAACGCCGAGGAUUGGGCCACGCAGGGGGGGCGCGUCAAGACGGACUGGUCGCUGGCGCCCUUCGUCGCGCAGUACCGCAACUUCACCGCCACCACCUCGUCGCCGGGCGGAGGCGGGUACUACGACCAGGAGAUGGACGCGACGGCGCAGCAGGCCAUGAAGUGGGCGCGGGACACGUACAUGGUGUACAACUACUGCGCGGACCGCACGAGGUUCCCCUACGGCUCGCCGCCCGAGUGCUACAUGCCGUAGAGAUCCGGUGAUGCUUCUUCCAUCGGUUGCACAAACUACUUUGCGUGCAGGGUUGGUUACACAUACACAUGCCGGUAGAGCACAGAGCACUAGAGCUAGGGGGAUCCAGGGCAGGGUAUACACACAUGCUAGCGUUGACCUCAUUUCUUGUCAAGAUUUGUUCAUUCUUUUUUGUACAAGAUAAACAAAUACUGCCUAUAUACAUAGGCAGGUAUGUUCAUGCUACUUCCCAUAUUAUCUUUAGGCCUGUUUGG